GUGUCCUGGUAAAGUGUCGCCAGCGAGCGGGUCGGGGUUGAGCGCUCAGUGUCUAUUUAGGGGGGUGUGACAGCAGCCGUCACAGCUGAGCCGGCCGGCCGGCGGAGCCCGUUCAGGAGCCGAACAGGUUGUUUUGUUUUUGUUUUUUUGUUUUUUGUUUUUUUCGUGAGAACCGGGUCAUGGUCCUCAAACUGGAUUUACCCGCUGCUUGAUUCCGACCCGAAUCAGCUGUAAGCCUCGGUUCUAUCUCUUCUUCUAUCAAAUAUGGAAACUUUAAGAGACAGCUUGUGGAUGACAUGAAUGACAAACAGGACAGGCCUUAUGCGUGCGGCGCCCCUGGCUGCUCUCAGCGCUUCCAGCUAGAGGAGCACCUGCUCAUUCACAGACACAAGCAUGAGAUGACCCUGAAGUUCCCCCCCAUAAAGACGGACAUAAGUUUUUCAGACCAGACCCCGACCCCGACGCGAUUUCUGCAGAACUGUGAAGAGGUUGGGCUGUUCAAGGAGAUCGAGGAGGAAUUUCUCCAAGCCCAGGAAGAGGAGAAUAACAAGCAGACACUGUCUCAUAAUGGGCCGUCUUGUAUGAACCAGCAACACCUGAAGCCCCAGCUUCAGCUUCAGCAUCCUCAGCCGCCGCUGCACCAUCCCCAGGCCCAUGGUCCGAUGAUGGCGCCGAGCUGCAGCCUGGCCGCCCAGCAAGCGCUGUCCUGCUCCUCCGCCGCCUCCCAGUCUGGAUCCGUGAUCACCCAGGCUCCUUCCACCCUCACACAUUCAGGGCCGGCUCCCGGGGCCCUGUCCUGCCUCCUUCAGAUGCGGAACAGACACAGACAACCUCUGCCGGCCUCUCUGCCGGGCACCCUGCCAGACCCCGCCAUGCAGGGGGCAUCUGCUCAGCACAUGACCAGACCCAAACAGACGAUGGGGCAUCAUUACCCACAUCAACACCCAGGAAUGCUCGCCAUCAACAACCCCGUGCCAUCCACGGGUCACAUGAUGGAGAUGAUGUCACAGCGCAACCAUGCCCCUCCACUACAGCAACAGCAACACCCCCAUGCUUAUCAUCCCCACCAUCCUCAUCACCAUCAUCAUCAUCAUCCUCCUCCUCCUAAUCAACCACCACAGCUUCCAGCUCCGCCCCACCCCUACCAACAGCGAUGCAAUGCUCCACCUCCACAACACCUGGGAAGCACUCAAAGCCUUCAGCUUCACCAGUCAGGGAAUGUAGUGCACUCUCAUUCUCACCAAUCACCACCAUCGCGCCUGCACCAGAGCUCCCCACCUGCACCCCCACUGUCUGCCCCACCACAGUUAUCACCAGUUGCACAACAGAUGCAGCCAUCCCACUCCCAGCAUGCAUCGCAGGCAAGCUGUAGCGGCGGCAGCAGCAGCAGCAGCGGGAGCAGUGGCGGGGGAGGAGGGGGAGGCAGCAGCCGUCGCCGACGAACGGCGGAGCAGGACCCUGAUGAGCGCAGGCAAAAGUUUCUGGAGCGUAACCGGGCUGCGGCAACCCGCUGCCGACAGAAGAGGAAGUUGUGGGUGUCGUCACUGGAGAAGAAGGCCGAAGAGCUCACGCACACAAACCUGCAGCUACAGAACGAGGUGACGUCACUGAGGUCGGAGGUCGGCCAGUUGAAGCAGAUCCUGCUCACCCACAAGGACUGUCCCGUCACUGCUCGGCAGAGAGAGGCACAGGGGUACCCCAGGGUGAGUCCAGGUGGGAGUCCCACCCCUGCAGAUCCUGAGACUCAUCCGCACGCCAUCCAGCACAACAGCGUUUCCACCUCGUCGACGGCCGCGUGCGACGCCGGGCACGGCCCCCUACCCGCGCUCUAAUCCCCACUGAGGAUGAGAGGGCUGAACUGGAUGAGUGGAUUCAUGAAUCCGUACGGACCCAGAGCUGUUGUCACUGCCGUCUUCAGCAGACAUUUUUAAUAUCAGGUGCAAAAACAACAACAACAACAAAAAAAACUAGCCUUGUUUGAAAACUCUGAUGUCAACUUUGGUCCUUGUGCUGGUGCGGAAAAUAUCAGACGCUGUUUACAUGGAUCCAACCUGCACCUGUGACUCACGGGCCACGCUCACGCCGACAAUCUCAGCACGUCUUGCACUAACUUUCAUAAAGCAACUCCUGAACGACACAGUGCCUGCAGAAGUACUUUUAUGUUUGUGUAUAUAGAGACAGACGCAAAGCGGUGCAUAACCGUGUGCGAGGAAGAAAAUGUUUUACCAAAAACAUUUGAAACGUCUGGCAUGCAUUUAUUUCUAACCUUUUUUUUUACCCUGACACCACAACGUAAAGUCUGGUUGCCCUUUAUAGAGUUUAGCCAGAUGCAAUUUAAUCUAAAUAAAAUUACUUUCCUUUCCUUUCCUUUCCUUUUUUU